AUGAGAGAAGUCUCUAAACAUGAGGUUGAGGGAUUAAAGUUGAUGUGCCACACACUAAAAUUAUUAGAAAGGAUAAUUGGCGGUACACUGAGAGAAGAAGUGUGUAUUGGAGGGCAACAAUUAGGUUUCAUGAAAGGAAUGGGUACUACUGAUGGCUUAGUCAUGUUAAGACAAUCCAUGGAAAAGUGCAGAGAGAAACAAAAGGUACUCCAUAUGGCAUUCAUAGACUUGAAAAAGACCUAUGAUAGAGUGCCAAGAGAAGAGGUAUGGAGAAGUUUGAGAGAAAGAGGUGCCCAAAAGAAGUACGUUAGUAUAAUCAAGGAAUCGUGCAGGAAUGCUACAACCAAGGUGGGGAGUACAAUUAGAGCUAUGGAUAGCUUCCUGGUCAAAGUCGGACUCCAUCUCGCCUCGGCAUCAAGCCGAUUCCUUGUUAAUAUAGUGUGUGAUGUGCUACGGAAGCAUUUGGAGAAAAUCCACUACGUUGUGUCCUCUAUGCGGAUGAUGUUAUUUUAG